GAAAUGUAAAUCAUCUGAAUACAUUUCAUAGUGGGUUUUUGCAAGUUUGAGACUUUAUAACUUGUGAUGUUAUAGUUGAUGUGAGUGUGAAACAAUCUACACUGGGUUUAUCUUUGAUUCUCAAAAUUAUAAAACAAAGAAACUGACCAAGUUGUUGAGCUAAAGAGUAGAGUUCUGACUGAAGCAUCAUCAAGGCAGUUUAGGUCCAGCAGUAAUGAAGAGCGAACAGGAACUACAAUCUUCCACUCAAGCUUCACAAGAGUCCCAAGGUGAACAGAAACUUAACCAAUCAAUAGAUGCUCCUCCUAUACAAGAUGCCGUUUCUGUAUCUGCUUCAAGCAAUGAUAGUAGGAAAGUCUCAAGACAAGAUAUUGAACUCGUCCAGAAUUUGAUAGAAAGAUGUCUUCAGUUGUACAUGAACAAAGAAGAGGUGGUGAAGACCCUCUUGACUCGGGCAAGGAUAGAACCUGCCUUUACUAGCUUGGUUUGGCAGAAACUAGAAGAAGGAAACGCAGAGUUUUUCAGGGCUUAUUACAUAAGGUUGAAGCUAAAGAAGCAAAUAGUUAUAUUCAAUCAGUUGCUUGAGCACCAGUACCAUCUCAUGAAGUAUCCUCCUGUUCCUCCAAAGAUUCCUCUGGCACCUAUGCCAAACGGAAUGCAUCCCAUGGCACCUGUAGUUGGCAUGCAAAUAGGAUAUCCAGUACUACAACAUCCUCAAAUGCAUGUUCAAGGCCAUCCCCAUAUCGCUGCUGCAACCGCAAUGUCAAGCUGCCAUGUUGUUAACGGAGUCCCUGCACCUGCGCAUCUCCAGCCAUUGAGGAUGAACUCAACGAAUGAAAACGUGGAAGAUGCAAAUCUUCAAGUGGUUCCACCAAGCAGUGGUGAGAUGGCAGUGAGUCCAGCUUGUGUGGCAUCAAGCGGACACUUUCCAUUUGCUGAUUCAGACAUGGUAAUGGACACUUCAGUGCUUGAUUCUGAGUUCACUGCUGAUGUUGUUGGAGCAGAUGGAGGAGGAGGAGGAGCUGGGGAUACCACAGAGUUAUUUGAUCAGAUUCCCUGGGAUUUUAGCCUUUCUGAUCUCACUGCAGAUCUGUCAAACUGGAGAAAAUGAAUAGAUGUUUACAAGAUUUUAUAGUCUUACAACUACUAUACACACGCCAGAUUUACUUUUCAUAUAUAUCUUUUUUUAUAUAUGAAAAGUCUAUUUGAUUUACAAAAUAGUUGUUGAUUUAGAAACAGUAUUUUUAUAUGGUCUUUUUUUUGCUCAAAGGAAAGAUGGGAUUUUAACAAAAUGAGCUAUGUUGGUUGGUUAUUUUUAUAUGUUCUUUCC